AUGGGAACAUCUUGUGCGGUGCGAGUUGUAUUUUCGUUGGCAAAGCUCACCAAAUUUCUGCAUGAUUCGACACUGCUCAUAUUUAUGGGAUGGCUGAUUGAUAUUUUUCUAUUUUCCUCGCUGAUUGCAGCUUGUGAUCCGGUGUCAGUAAUAGCCGUCUUCGAGGAAAUGCACGUAAACGCCUUUCUUUUUGUGAAUGUCUUUGGUGAAGCGCUUUUUAACGAUGGGAUUUCUGUGGUCAUCUACAAUAUAUUUUUGGCCUUUCACGAGCUAGGACCCGAGAACUUUACGACGAUCGAUUACGUAGCUGGUGGAGUGUCAUUCUUUGUAGUGGCUGCUGGCGGAGUACUGCUUGGCCUAAUUUUUGCGAUAAUCGUCGCCUUUAUUACCAAUCGCUCGACUACACCUUGUGCGGAAUCGAGAACAUUGCUGAAACAUCGGGCCACUACACAGCUUAUCAUAGAUUUGAACGUUCAACGAGAAGUAUAUCAGGCCCCUAUUGCCGCGAGCUCAUAUGAAAAUGGAGCUGUCAGAAGUGCUGGGAUCAAAAACCGUUCCCAAACUAUUGAUGAGAAAUACAACUGCUUUACU